AUGGCCGGCUACCAGCAGGGUUAUUAUCCCCCACAACAACAAUAUGGAGAAUCACAAGGAUACUACCAGCUUCAGGAGCAGCAGCAGCAGCCACCGCAGAACUAUCCUCCCCAGCAGUAUGGUGGCCCUCUUCCUCCAAAACAAGGCGAAACCUUCGAGGAACAGUUUGUUAUCGAGAAGCCUAAAUUCAACGAUCUUUGGGCUGGUAUACUAUGGCUUCUGACUUUCCUGGGGUUUGUUGCGGUCUCAGUUCUCUCCCUGCUAGGGUACAGCAAGAGCAACAGGACCAGUGGAUCUGGGAUUUCUGAUUCAAAUGCUCGUUUUGGGUUAACGACGAAUACUGUCAUCCUAUUCGCCUUUGUUCUUGCUGUUGCAUUUGUCGUGUCAUUGCUAUAUCUACUCAUGUGUAGGAAAUUGACAAAGCAGAUAAUCUACUUGAGCGCAAUCCUCAACUUCCUCAUCGGCAUCGGGUCCGCCGCUUAUUACUUCUACCGAAAACAAUAUGCCGCUGCAAUCAUUUUCUUGAUCUUUGCCUUGUUUUACGCAUUCUGCUUUUGGACAUGGCGAAGCAGGAUACCAUUCUCAGUUCUCAUGCUUCAAACGGUCAUAGAUGUAGCUAAGAGUUAUGGGCAUGUUUUCACCGUAUCUUUCAUCGGAGGAGUCGUCGCCCUCGCAUUUUCAGCCUGGUUUUCGGUUACACUGGUCGGAAUCUAUGUUCGCUGGACCCCGAAUUCAUCAAAUACGCAGUGCCGAAAUGGUGGAUGUUCUGAUGGGAAGGUUUAUGGCCUUAUCGCUUUUGUAACGUUUGCCGCUUACUGGACAACAGAGGUCAUAAAAAAUGUAAUGCACGUUACCGUUUCUGGAGUUUAUGGGAGUUGGUACUUCUCGGCGGGCGGCUCUAGUGCCAAUGCUCCACCAUCUCAUCCCACAAUGGGUGCUUUCCGACGAGCGAUGACAUACUCUUUCGGGUCAAUAUGCCUGGGUUCACUAAUAGUCAGCAUAAUUCAACUACUUCGGCAGGCGGCUUCCUUAGCUAGUUCCGACGCUGCUAGCUCUGGGGAUAUCUUGCAAUAUGUUAUCUUCUGCAUCGCAUCUUGCAUAUUGGCUAUCGUUCAGUGGGCGGUGGAAUUCUUGAACGAGUAUGCCUAUAGUUAUAUCGCUCUCUAUGGUUCUGCUUAUUUCCCCGCCGCCAAAUCUACAUGGCGUAUGAUUAAGGACCGCGGGAUCGACGCCCUCAUUCAAGACUGCCUUAUUUCUCCUGUUUUAACUAUGGGCGCUAUGUUUGUUGGGUACUUGUGCGCUCUGCUGGCCUAUUUAUAUCUCGAAUUCACAAAACCUGCGUACAACUCUCGCGGAACUUACACGGCAAUUGUCAUGGCCUUUUCAUUCUUGAUCGGAUUGCAAAUCGCCAAUACGUUCCUCAAUCCGUUGAAGUCUGGUGCCACUACCCUUUUCAUGGCAAUGGCUGUCGACCCACAAGUCCUUAUUCAGCAACAUCCAGACCUAUACUCGCGGAUGAUCCAGGUCUAUCCACGUGUGUCCGAAGCGAUACAUGUUUAG